GGCGGUUUCAAUCAACAGCGCGUGCCGGCCCACAACUGCUCGACACCCCCGUAGUUAAACCACAGGCUUUCAUCAAUAAUCCGUGCAUGGAUAGGCAGCCUGAAGAAUCGAUCUUUUCGUGGCUUUUAUAAUCAUUUGGCAGUUGGUUGCCUGUGUGCACUUUUACACAACUUACGCGCUCAUUCCCAACAGCAAUGCCGGGAGAGGCUGCGCGUACGUCCGCGUUAGCCGAACAUUCCGACGCCAAUGGUGUUUCCAAUGGCUCUAUGGAUCCGGGAUUUCCUGAAGCUCGAAGCGAUCCCCGUCUAUGGCGAAUGCGUGCUGUCGAGGGCCGGCAAUCGUGGCAUUACCUAGACGAAGAGGAGGCAAAGAAAUGGCCGCAGACGCUUGCCGACCGAUGGUACCUGAACCUCCCAACUGACCUGCCUGAUCUUCCGAAGGCCAAGAAGCCUCUGGAAGCUGUGGACAACGGCCUUUCGUUCUUCUCCAAGCUUCAAUUACCCCCCGGCAACUGGGCAUGCGAGUAUGGCGGUCCCAUGUUCCUUCUUGCAGGCGUUGUCAUCACAUGGUACGUGACAGAGACGCCCAUUCCCUGGUCCCACCGUGUCGAGAUCAAGAACUAUCUCUUUGCUCGUGCCAACCCUGAAGACGGCGGCUGGGGGCUUCACACCGAGGCAGAGAGCAGCGUGCUCGGAACUGCCUUCAACUACGCGGUUCUGCGCAUCGUUGGCGUCGACGCAGACCACCCUGCGAUGGUCAAGGCGCGCGGAACCCUGCACAGGCUGGGAGGUGCCACUCACGCGCCCCAUUGGACCAAAUUCUGGUUGGCUCUGAUGGGCGUUGUGAAGUGGGAUAUUGUUAACCCGUGUCCGCCAGAGGCAUGGCUACUUCCGGACUGGUUGCCGUUCCACCCAUGGCGCUGGUGGGUGCACAUCAGAUACAUCUAUCUGGCUAUGUCGUGGCUGUAUUCAAAGCGAUGGGUGAUGAGGGAGACCGAGCUCGUUCGGGAAUUGCGGAAGGAGAUGUUCGUGCAGCCUUGGGAAGAAAUAAACUGGGCCGCUCACAGAAACUCGAUUUCUAAUAUUGAUAAUUUUCAUCCCAAGUCAUGGCUCUUGAACACGGCAAACUGGGUGCUGGUGAACGUGUGGCAGCCGUACCUCAGGCCGAACUUUUUGGCGGACAAGGCCGAGAGGUGGGUUGCCGAGAUGGUGGACAUGGAAAGCGAGAAUACUCAUUACUUGGGACUGGCUCCUGCGAACGGCCCGAUGAACAUGGUUGUGUACUUUGCUAGCAAGGGGCCGGACUCGUACGAGUUCAAGCAGGCUCGUCAAGGGAUCGCGGAAAAUAUGUGGGUGAAUCAUGAAGGCAUGUUCUGCAACGGAACCAACGGAAUUCAGUGCUGGGACACAGCCUUCACUAUCCAGGCCGUUAUCGAAGCAGGCCUAGCGCAAGACGACAAAUGGCGUCCGAUGCUACUCAAGGCUCUUCAGUUCCUGGAUGACCAGCAGAUAAGAGAAGAAGUCCCACGCCAGUAUCGAGAAUACAGACAUCCUCGCAAGGGCGGCUGGGCUUUCAGCAACCGAUGGCAGGGAUAUCCAGUCAGCGAUUGUGUCGCAGAAGCUCUGAAAUCCGUUAUCCUACUGCAAAAGACGCCAGGAAUCCCCCAGCUACUCGAGGAUCGACGUAUAUUCGACGCCAUUGAUGUACUCUUGACCUACCAGAACAGCACUGGUGGCUGUGCAUCUUAUGAGCGGAGACGAGGGCCUCACUGGGUUGAAUUGCUCAACGCUGCAGAGGUGUUUGAGAACAUCAUGGUCGAGUACGACUAUCCGGAGUGCACGACAGCCGUGGUGACAACACUCUCGUUAUUCAGUCAUUACUGGCCAGACUACCGAGCUGCGGAGAUUCGCUCCUUUGUCGACCGUGCUGUUGCCUGGAUCAAGACGGUACAGUAUCCCCAUGGGGGUUGGUACGGUAACUGGGGCAUUUGUUUCACCUAUGCCACCAUGUUUGCAUUGGAGAGUCUUUCGCUAGUGGGCGAAACCUACGCAACUAGCGAGCACGCGAAGCGCGGAUGCGAGUUCUUGCUUUCCAAACAGCGUCCAGAUGGUGGCUGGAGUGAGAGUUAUAGGUCCUGCGAGAGACACGAAUAUAUCGAACACCCCUCAGGCUCUCAGGUCGUGAUGACAGCAUGGGCACUGAUUGGCCUGAUGAACGCCGGCUACCCUGAUGUCGAGCCGUUGCGACGCGGUGUCAAGCUGAUAAUGGACAGACAGCAGCCCAAUGGCGAGUGGAAGCAGGAAGCCAUCGAAGGCGUCUUCAACAAGAGCACCAUGAUCACCUACCCGAACUACAAAUUCAGCUUUACGCUGAAGGCCCUUGGGAUGUUCGCCCAAAAGUACUCGAAUGAAGAGAUCAAUUAGUUUCGCCACGUUCACCCUAAGUUGAAGGUUGAACAGGGAGAGGAGGGAGUGUUUGGGGUUCCGUUCAACCAAUGUUCCGGGAGUGGUUAUCCUUUGUACUAACAGCUACUGCUACCGCUAUGUUUUUACUCUAUAUAGUCUUAUA